UCUAAACAAAUUAAAACAAUAUUAAGAAUUAACAUGAAUAAUGGAAAUAUUAAACGACUUCAAAAGAAACUUAGCGUUUCUAAAAAGCCAGCAGUCACAGUGGAUUCACCAUUAGCAAAGUAUGACUCGUCAGGAACCUUGACCUGUAUAAUUUGCAGGAUUCCCAUCAAGCCCAACGUCUGGAAGGUGCACAUCAACUCCAAGCAACACAAAGUGAAUGUGGACCAAGCUAAGCAGAAUAAGAUAGAUAAGCCGGCCAGUUCCACUGUAACUGCUCCAAAGGAGUCAUCAGCACCUUCAUCAGUAGUUCCUUCUCCGAUAGUCAAAUCUAGUGAACAUCCUGAGAAAAUCCCCAAAAACACCCAAGAGAAGAGUCUUCCAAUUGUUCAAGAUAAAACUCAUCAGCCAAUUCCAAGUAACAAGACUGCCAAUGAAUCUAUUUCCGAAAAACUGCCGGAUAAAUUCUUCGACGAUGAUAAGACUAAUAAAUCUGAAGCAGCCCGCCUCCAAGACGAAGAAUGGCAGCGUUUCCAACAGGAGAUCAAGAGGGCUGACACGGAAUCCAGUGUUAUAGUAGCCGACGAGCAGGAAGAUAUCAAUCUCAAGAGGCACAUCAAAGAAAUAGACGAACAAAUUGAUAAUUGGAAAAGAUUUAUAAAAAUCAAUGAUCAGAAAACUCUGCUCUUGAAUAAAAAAAGGAAAGUUAAUCCUAAAGUGGAAGUGGAUCCGGAAUUAAGUUCAAGUGAGGAAGACUGCAGUGUGGAUGAUUUGUUCGACUGGAGAACAAAAACCUUGCAUAGAUAAAACGUUUUAUAUUAAAAUGUUUCUGUUAAAACAAAUAAAAUUGUAUUUUUUAUGUUUUAAUAAUUAAUAAUACAACAAACGAAAAUUAUAAAAAAUGUAAUAUAAUAAUAAGGAAAUUACCUCAAAGGCAUCUUGAAUAUUGUUUUACACUUUGAAAAUUAGUCUUACUAGGACCAACGUAAACAAAAUUUACCAAUAUAAUAUAAAAACUAAAAUACAUUUUUUGAACGUGAAUAAAAUAUAAAUUGUGUGGUGUAGUAAAUAUUUAUCCGAUC